ACUACUCUGUUCCUUGCUCUAUGGUUCAACGGACUAUAUUACUAACCAACCACCAACGACUUGGGCCUCAUGGAUAUUCAUGUCCAUAAUUAGUGGUCUAUACUACCCUUGGCACGGAGGAGUAUAAAGCUUGGGUUUACUGAGUUCUGCUGCAUUACAGUCGAUUUUCCAAGUAGAAGCAUAAUGGUCGCAAUGUAUGCCAGUAUCAUUUUCGCGCAGUUACUCUUGUGUACAGUAGUCCAUGCUACUGUCAAUGUAAAAGUAGGCAUGCUACACCUGUCGAAUUUUAAGAAGGUGCCCCUGGUAAGCAAGUACUACCUCUUGCCGGCGGCUCAGAUCGCCUUCGAAACCGUCGCAAAACGCCUGGAAAGGGGUGUGUACAACAACUUCAGCAUGACGCACGUAAGCACUGAUGAGUGCUGUACACGUCCAGUGCGGUCUACUGGGGCCCUAGCAGCUUCGAUGUACCACGAUGACGGCGUGGUUGCCUUCCUGGGGCCGGCUGUUAGCCCCGAUAUGGCUGCUGUCGCUGACAUGGCCGCCUACUGGAAUCUUCCGGUCUUGGCCGGGGCAGCCACUUCCACGCUCCUGGAUGAGAAGAAGCGCUUCCCGACCCUGACUCGCACGGGUCCGAACGUGGAGCUCAUGGUGCAGUUCAUGACUGCCGUGCUCCGUCAUCUCGGUUGGACCAGCUGUGCCAUACUCCGUGGACUGCAGAUAUAUUUGGCGUACUACUACCACACUCUCCCGGACGCCGUGUUCGCAGGCCUGGAGAGGAAUGGAAUAACUGUGGUCGAGGUGUACGCUGAUCAAUUUGACACUUUGGAUAAAGCUCUGGAGAAGGUUGCUUCCGUCUCUAAGGUUAUCUUCAUCAGUGCCUCCCCGGUACGUGACAUAAUGGUCCACGCUCAUCGUCUGGGCCUCACUCUGGGCUCUCAUGUGUUUCUAAACUUUAUCCCGUUCGAGUACGCGCCAUUGCAUACAAGCUCCCAGUUCGAAAACAACGAUGCGGAGACAGUUGAAGCACUAAAGGUGUUGUUUAUGAUGCGAUACCAUGUUCCUGAUAUCCCAGUGUACCAUGCGUUCCAGAGUGAGCUGAAAAAUCGCCAGCUGACCUUAUACGGACGUGAAGGCAGUGGGGAAAAUCUGUAUGCUGCUGCAACCCACGAUGCUGUUCUGAUUUACGCCGAUGUGAUCAAUGAAAUCGUGGCCGAGGGUGGCGACGUUAGGGAUGGACGAGCAGUGACAAGGAAAAUGUGGGACCGAACAUUCCAGGGUGUAACCGGCGCAGUUCGCAUCAGCGCCAAUGGGGAUCGCCUCGGGGUGUGUGAACUACUGGAUAUGACGGACACCAAGAAGGGAACGUUCGAUGUUAUUGGUACGUUCGACGAGGCCACUGGAGCCAUCAUCAUUCAUGAUGAGCUGAUCAAAUGGCCUGGAGGAAAGGCACCCAUGGGCUAACAGACUGACUGACCAAACACCAACGACUUGGGCCUCUUGAAUGUUCAUGUACAGUGAUCACGUGACCUUGCAAACAAGCGAUUGUCUUUAAGAUUUCCGGCGUCACUGAUUCGCGUCAAAACUUUAAAAUGCACAAUGUUUUGAAAACCUGGCAGCCAGAAUUUAGUUUAGAACCAUUCAUAUGCGCACUGUCACUAUUUUGUGCCGAAUAGGCCCAGUUGGAAGGACAAAAGCUUUUAAAUAACCGCCGAGAUACAAAACAUUACGGUAUAUACUAGGCUGUUCUUGUAUUAAACUUGAAUUGUCUUCAUUUGGUGAAGGUUUUGGGUUUUUUUUCAGGUGGUUUCUCUUAUAAUUUAUACUCUGAUAAGUCUACUGAGAACAGCACUAAAUCAAUAAUCAGUUGGAUGUUUUAAGUAAUUUAGGUUUAAGUUUGAUAAAACAUACUUAUAGGCGACACAAAGGUUACAUUUCAGCAGAUUACACGCACGCUUUCCAGCCAUUUAUGAGAAUAGUCCUCAUGGGUAGCGGCCAUCUUGAAAGGCAUCUUUUGUUAUUAUAAUUCAGUAUCACAAUGCACAAAGUUUCACUCAUGCAUAUCCCAGCAAAACAGAGGCAUUGCCCUCUAAGA